UUUGGGGGCUGCCGUCGGCAGCUCUCGCUGCCCGUCCCGGAGCCAUCCCCUGUGUUUCCCCGGCCCUGCCACGUUCAGGCGGCCGGGCACCGCGGGGCAAGCUUGCAGCAGCGGAGCGUGUGACGCCAGUGAGGAGGAGCAGCUCCUUGUCCUCGGCUCACCCCCCUGCCACAACAAGCAAACAUGGCCACGCAGGUAGAGUGGAGCUGCCCCAUCUGCCGCGACUCCGAAGAUGACGUCGCUUAUGUGACCCCCUGUCUCCACCAGUUCUGCCUGGGCUGCAUCGUGCGGUGGGCAAAGAGGAAACCGUCGUGCCCCCUCUGCAGGCAACCCAUCAACUCCGUUCUUUACUCCGUGCGGUCGGAGGUGGAUUUUUUGGAGAUAAUUGUUCAACGCCCCUCAGACCCGUCGGUUGCUGGCCACCAGGAGCAGCAGCGGGCCGCGAGGCCAGCGCCCAGGGCUCAGGCGGCUGGCUUCCAGCCUGAGGUCUGGGCAGGCCUUUUCCGGGGCUCCUUGGAGAUCCUCGAGCCCCUGCUGUCCUGGCUGAACCAGGUGCUGCACAGGGCCCGCUGGUGGGAGUUGGCUUUGGCACAGGGCACCAUCAUAACCAAUCUGUGCCGCUACGGGCUGGACGAGGAGGCCUUGGUCCGGGAGCUGCAGCCCUUCCUGCAACACCAGACGGUGACAUUUGUGCGCCAGCUCAUCGGCGUCGCCACAGGCCGGUGCAGGGAGCAGAUCCUGCAGCAGCAGGGCCUCCUGCAACCCCGUGCUGCUGAGGAGCGGGAGGACGGCCCCGCGGGCAGCCCUGGCCCCGCCGACUCGCUGGAGGGGACUCCUGCCCCCAAGCCCAGAGCGCAGGAGGAGCCCCACGAGGAGCUGGGGCCGGCAGUGGCAGACCCCUCCACUGCUGGCCGGGGCAGGGACUGGUCACCUGGGGGGCCCAGUGCCCCCCGAAGAGGAGGCCCUGCGGCUCCCAGGCCUCUGCAGCCCACAAGAGGCCACGCUGCCGGCAACACCAGGGUGCCCCAGAAGCUGGCGAAACCAGGGCCGGGCUAG